CAUCCCCUUACGAGCAAAUCCUCUCUAUUCACGCGACGACGGUAUCUUUAUGACAGUCGGACAAUCAGAUCAUCAACUCCAUGAACCACCACCACUAGUCCAACGCCCGCAGCCUACUCCCCUCUAGCCUCCGUCGCACGGAUCACCUCUUCCCGCCCCCAUCAAGGCUCCCCCUCGAUCGCGCUCGCGAGAAAGCCCGUUUCUUGUUAUCGCACAUAGCUCCAAUUCGUCUAGUUGACUCGUCGCAACUUAUAAAUAAAGCAAAAACAUGGCAGACAUGGACGAAUUCGCGCAAACGCGCGGUGCAGAUGACCUGUUCGACGAUGAAAUCAUCCCCGUCUCAGCGGAGGAACAGCAAGCUCAGGCGGAGGUAGUGGUUGCUCCAGCAGACCCCGAGCCACAGCCAGAGCCAGAGCCUGUCCCGCGCCAGGAAGAGCCCGUUAUUAAGAAACAGCAGCCUCCUCGAGGUGAAGCUUCCCACCGAGGUCGUGGAGGAGAUCGAGACCGAGGGCGUGGACGCGGGCGGGGCGGCCAGAGUCAGGCCCAGGGUCGAGCUCAACCUCAAGGGAAAGGUCGCGGGCUACAGGACUCCCAGUGGGCAGACAAAAAGCCAGCUGAGAAGUCUCCACGACCCAAGGGGCCAAAGGCUGCAAAGGAGCCAGCUCCGGUUAAACAAACCGAGCCUGCGACUCCGACCCAGACUGAGUCAGGGCCAACCGAGGAGACUGUCCAGGCCGAUGAAGCGCAAGGGGAGGAAACAACUGGCAAUGGCACUGAAGCUCAACGAGUCCCGGCUGUCCGUGGAGAUCGAAGCGCUACUGGAGGAGUACGGAAGCCCAAACUCACCGAAGAAGAGCUGUCAAAGCGCAUUGCCGCUGCCAAAGAGCACGCUGCAAAGAAAGCCGCCGCCCACGCUCGUGCAGAAGCCGAUCAAGCGUCAUUCCUCGAACGCGAACAAAUUGCAGCCGAGAAGCGACGUAAGGAGGCAGCCAAUCGUCGGGUCAUGGACAACGAGCGUGAGCAGAAUCGACAGCGGAAGCUAAAGGCCCAGACUGGUCGUGAAUGGGACUCUCAGAAAACCGAGGACGACUACAACCCACGCGGAGGGGGCAGCCAGUUCCGCCGCGGCAUGCACGGCGGUGUAUCUGGGUAUGCUCGCCGAGACGUCGACGAGCGACCAUCUGAAGAUGGAGCUGGCGAUCAUCCCAGCCCUGGACGUGGUCGUGGACGUGGUGGUCGUGGUGGCCGGGGCCGGGGGGGUUCCCACGGACCGCGAGGAGAUAGGGCGUCUUCGAAGGAUCUAUUGGAGAAGCCUGCGACACCAACCGUCAAUAAUGAAGCCGAUUUCCCUUCCCUCCCUGCGGGCAAGAAGCCGGAGCUUCCCCCCACGACAACUGUGGAGACGAAAGCCGUGGCACAACCACCCUCUAUGGAGAAGCUUGAGGCUACAAUGUCACCUUUGACCGGCACUUGGGCUGACCAGGUUGAAGAAUAGACGACGGUGUUUGGGAAACACUAAAACUUGUUGGCCCUCUUGACUUUUACUUGCCUUUUUUACGAUCACCCUUGAUGCGUUGAUGCAUCGCUCCUGCCAUGAAAAUACCUCUAAACAUGCCCUUGUCAAUUUGAUAUCCCCAUUCUAUAUUACACCCCGCAAAGGGAGGGCUGCUUGAAACAAAUUUGUCACCCAGUCCGGAUAUACAAUCUGCCUUAUAUCCUUGUUUUCCUCUAUUCCAUACCAUCGCCGCCCUUUCAAGCGGGUACCGUUC